AUGCAGCCACUCGCCUCUAUCCCUAACAUUCCCUCUGUCGAGGCCGGCUGGAUCGAAGUCAAACGUGGUGGCCGCAAGAGGAACGUGACCCGCGCUGCGAUCCCCUGUUUGAGUCCCGGAUCCCCUCGCCGCCCCUACACACCAUCCCCCGCGGCUCGGCCGCAGAACAGUGGCGUGAAGGCCACUAGCGACAGCAGGAAGAGGCGCCGCACCUCCCGUGAGGCGGUGGACGACGGCGGGGAGUCUUCCCAGCCGCAGCCUCAGGCCCGCCUCCAGCUCUCUCCUGGCCCGGCUUUCGCGAGGACCGUGUUGCCCGACCCUGAGACACACGCUGACUCCUCCGAGGAGCACCAGGCGCCGACAACGGGCCCCGCGCUCCCCUCCCACCUUCACCCUUCGGCAGCCUGGGAUGCAGAGCAGGCCGCGCCCCAGGAAGAAAAUAACUCUUGGAACGACCCUACCUACCACACGGACCUCCUCUGGGAUCACAGCGUUGGCCACCACAUCAGACGUACAUCGGAGAAUGGUAGCUUCUCAGCCUCCUCUGUCGACGAGAUGAUUCGAAACCUCGCCUCCCUGCCUAACCCGAACUCCUUCUUUGACCCUCCCGCCAUUGUGAUGGCGCGCAUGACUGGGAACCCUACCCACGUCCAUGCGUCGGCUGGGCACAGCAGGUACGGUGAGCAUCCGCCCCCGUCUGCUAGGCCUGCAAUGCCCACCCCUCCCCCGGCUAUUCCUGCGGAAUCGAGCGCUUUCGCGGCCCCGUGGAACAAUAACUCCGCGCCGCUCCACUUCGAGCAACACGUCACAAACUCUGUCCACUCGUCGAUGCGACAGACGGGCCCCGAGAUCCACGUAGACAUCACUGCAAACAUCCAGUCCCCGUCGCCGCGUCACCCAUUGGCAGGUUAUCCGGGGGUUCACGGCCUGGCUGGAACGAGCGGCAGGCGCGAUGACCCAAUAACAUCACAGCAAGCGGGUCGUACAAGCGAACAUGCUCCCUCGCAAGCCUCAGUCCUAUCCUAUGUCCAAGUCCAACGCGACGCCCAGCCUCAGACCACCCCAAUUGACGUCGACGCGAUGACCGUUGAUGACAGCGCUAUCCCUGAACCCGCCGCGCAGGUCCCACAGGACUAUUGCUACGACGACCCCUUCUCAACCGUCCCUCCCAUGCAUGCCCCUAUGCAUGUUCCUAUGCACGCUCCACCGUUGCACGCUCCCCCUAGGCCCGCUCCUAUGCCCGCUCCCAUGCCUGCUCCCCCAAUGCCUGCUCCCCCGAGGCCCGCCCCGAUGCCCGGCCCAAUGCCCGGCCAGAUGCCCACCCCUCCGAGACAUGCCCCUCCGAUGCCCGCUCCACCGAUGCCUGCGCCCCCGGCGGCGAACCAACGCAGGGCCCCUGUCGACCACGCCAUUUUCAACGAGCAGCUCAUGAACGAGGGGCCGCAGGUAGCCAGUGGCAUCGACUGGCUGAACGCCGACAUCACGCGAGCGCCGCCGGAGAACUGGCAGCCGAUCCAAUUCCUCUCCCUGAAGGACGUCCUAAAGGGACAAGACAAGCAGCAGGCAAAGCGCUGGGUCGAGAAAGCCAAGCAGGGCAAGUGCCUUCUCAUCCAUAUCGCAUGA